GGGUCUUCUAGGAAUGAGGUCAAAACCUUGACUUCGAUCCUCACUGCUCGAAGUAAGGUUGUUAGUGUGGACUUCUCUCAAUUUUAAUUUCAUCAUCAAUUCUUUCCCCUCUGUACAUACUUUUUCUAUUUGUAUAUGUAUAUUAUUCCUUGUUACUUAGUAGACAUUGAUGCAGCAGAUGUUGAUAAUGAAUUGGCAUUUGUGGAGUAUGUUGAAGACAUCUACAAGUUCUACAAGUUAACAGAGGGUGAAAGUCGAGUUCACGAUUACAUGGAUUCACAGCCUGAAAUCAAUUCAAAGAUGAGAUCAAUUCUCAUAGACUGGUUGACAGAGGUUCACAGGAAGUUUGAACUAAUACCUGAGACCCUUUACCUCACAACUAACAUAGUUGAUCGGUACCUUUCAAUGAAUGUUGUCCCAAGGAGGGAGCUUCAGUUGGUCAACAUUAGUUCAAUGCUAAUUGCUUGCAAGUAUGAAGAAAUUUGGGCACCAGAGAUUGCAUAUUAUACCGACGCUUAUGAAAACACUACUGUCAGUAUCAGCAACGUUUUUAAAGCGCCUUAUACCUAUGGCGACGGCCGCGUCAGCGACGUAAAGUAA